UCACAGCUGUCAUUAGUAAUCAAGUCGUCUUUCUUGUUGGUUGUUUGUCAAAGCGCUCGCAGUUGAAAAAUUAAAUUAUCCCAAAUUGUUGUAUAAAGCAUUUUUAUUAAUAUAUAAAUGGCGGCCAAAACGUACACUUUAGAAAUUGUUAAACAGCACAAUAAACCAGAUGAUCUUUGGAUAAUAAUCGAAGGAAAAGUGUAUGAUGUGACUAAAUUUCGAAACGAGCAUCCCGGAGGCGAAGAAACAUUAGACGAAGUAGGUGGCCGUGACGCCACACGGGAUUUUCAGGAUGUUGGACAUAGUCAAGAAGCGAAGCAAAUGCUUAAAAAGUAUUACAUAGGCGAUCUCGAGGUCGACAAAACGUGUAAAUUGCCAGUAAGCACUACACCAACGCCAUCAUUGCCACUACAAUUACCACCAACAACAACACAAUCAUCGGCUAAUAUAGUAAACCCAGAAGCCGCUAACACUAUCAUUGCUGAUAAAGAUGUUGCUCCACCAGGCAAUCAGUGUUGUGUACUUGCUUAAAACCCAAUGCAAUGUUGAAAUUUAUAUAUUUUUAAACAUAUUUUCCAAAGGCUCAAAUAUCUAUCUAUGUGAUUGUUAAUUUAUACAAAUCUUUCUAAAAAAAAUUACGCUUAAUUCGUGUUGUGCAAAAUAUUACUUUAUGAAAAUAGACCUAACCUAUAAAAUUGUUUCCCCUCCAACUCAAAAUAGACAUAUAUGCUGUGCAGUUGGCGCGUUCACUACUGGACUACUCUUCGUUAUAAUCAUAAGGAAACUUUUAGCCAGCAAAUGAAAAUGUUCAGAUAUCGUUAUAUUGGUACGAUAUGGUUGCGACCCUCGUCGGAAAUAUAAUCAAAAUGUAAACGGAA